AAAGGCUCACUGUGAGGAAGUAGGAACAUUGUUAUGCACCAAGUUUGAAUUUUGCAUGGGGAGACAGCACACCCACAUGCAGAACAGGACACAGGCACACAGUGGGCUUAAAGCAAGUCAGCAUAGUUAAACUUGCUUAGAAAUCUGAGCAGCAGCAAGGCCAGGUAUUGGACUUUGAUUGCCAGCAACACUGUAAAUGCAACAGGGCCUUGCUGUCUUUAGGAUCACACAGCUAGGUAAGGAGAUGUGGCAUAAACACAGCCUUUUGGGAGUCUCUUUUCAGAGAGGAGACAGUGCAGGCAAGCCCUUGACUCAUUUGUUGAUCAUCUACCGCACAGAAAAGUGGUGGGUUUUUUUUUUUUGUUCGUUUGUUUUUUGUAAAUAAAUAUAAGCUUUGACUCUUGCUGUUCUCUUCCAAACCUUCCCGUAUGACAGAGUUAGUUGGCCACCUGUACUUUGCUCAGGUAGCACCGCUCAAACUGCUGUGGUGCACAUGUCCUGUGCUUCUCACUGUGCUCUCAGGUAACACUUGCUCUGUAGAACAACUGCAAACCCUGAAAGUUACACAUGUCCCCAAGUAAGCAAACACAUUGGAGAAGAAAGUAAUAAAAGAGGGAGUGAAGAUUUAGGCUGGACUUUACUUGAUUGUAAUAAGAGCUGUAGCAUUGUCUGUCAGAAGUCUCUGUGGGUAUUUUUUUUCUCCUUAGAGAAGUUGACUCAGCUUUGUUUUUAAAAUAAAAAUUUUAAAAAUGGCUUCACAAUGUAUUACUAUAGUUUGGCCCAAAACUCAUCAGAACUGUCAGAGAGAGAGAGAUGAGGUCAAUGGAUUUUUAGUGUUUGUUUUAGAAAGGAGAGAAGCAGAGCACGUGUUGGUUACACUGCCAAGGUCACAGCAAGCAGUGUCACAUGGUAGUAGUUGCAAUCAGGUGGAAAGUCUAAGCUGUACCUGAGCUGGCCUGGAAGAGGAAUGGCUCUAAGUCUGUGUUGUUUCCUCCCUUCACUUGGAUCUGCCGGCAUAACCACCUGGGUCAUCGCUCCCUAAUGAUGUUUGGGAAAGUGAUCUGCGUUCAGAUAAGCCUUUGUGACUGUACAUGCAGGCUGGUCCCUGUCAGUCUGACAGAAUGAGCGUUGGCUACCAAAUGGCUCUCUUGAAUAGACGAUUUGGUUUAUCUUUAACCCAUCUAAGCAAUGCUGUGAUCCAACGACAGUUCAGGCUCUAGGCAUUUAAAGUUUUAAAUUCAUGGACUUCAUAUUUUACAAUGCCUUGCGCAAAACUUAAUCCCACGGUACACUCUGUCAAUCUGGGGACUCUAUAACUCUUUGAAGGGUCAGAGCUUCAGUUUAAAGGAUGAGAACAGGACUGUGGUCUUGAGGGUGGAUUAAGACAAUGCUCAGGGCUAGCAUCACUGGAGCAUGCCAGGCAAUACAGAAACUAACCCGCGUGCGAGUGGUGGACAACAGUGCCUUGGGGAACACGCCCUACCACCGGCCACCAAAGUGUAUCCACGUGUAUAACAAGACUGGAGUUGGCAAAGUCGGAGAUAAGAUCCUUCUGGCUAUCAAAGGAGAAAAGAAGAAGGCUUUAAUUGUAGGGCACAAGAUGCCCGGCCCCACCAUGACGCCUAGAUUUGAUUCCAACAAUGUGGUACUCAUAGAAGAUAAUGGAAAUCCAAUAGGGACUAGAAUAAAAACACCAAUAUCCUGUACACUGCGAAGAAGAGAAGGCGAGUUCUCCAAAGUACUGGCCAUUGCCCGCAACUUUGUAUGAAUGCUGAGAGAGGUCCUCAGCAAUCCUUUUAUACAGCAGCUGUUCCUUGGUCCUUUUCCUGAAAUUGUGAAACAUGAAAAAGCUGAUGUUCAUCAAGAAUCUCUCCUUCCUUUUAAGAAUUUCAAGCAACUAAUUUAAAUAUUGAAAUAGUUUAUUUUUCUCCAAAAGAAGGUUAAUUUAUUUUACAGAACAUCUGCAGUAUGUUUGGGAAACGGUCCUUCACCUUUACUCCUCCUGUGGUGUUCAUCUGGUCUGUCAUAAUUAAAAUGAGAACAUGAAAA